GAGUGAAAGCAGGAAGCAGUUGUCACAACUCGCCUGUCAAAAUCAAUUUACUAGUUUUUAAACUCAGUUGUUUGAGAGGUAACAUCCAGUUGCAGAUUAUGGCUCAUCGAUUUUCCAAAGAAGAAUUAGAUGAGCAGUUUGAAGAGUUUCUAAAAGAGUCUCUUUCAGAUGAUUCACUUGGAAAUUCAAAGAAAAAAUCCAGCAUUCUUGAGACGUUGGGACAGCCCAGGAAAAAAGAAACAAAGAAAAAGGAUUCGGUGCCGUGGUGGAUAUCGGAGGAAGAUUCAGAUGAUGGUGGAAUGAUUGGAGCUAAUGGAAGCUUUGUCAAGAUACAGAACGCUUCACAGCCUGUGGGAGAAAGUUAUGAGAACAUGCAUGUGGAAAAGAUGCAGCUUCAGAAAAGUAAUGGGGUUGCUGUCUCCUUAAGUAGAGACAGCCUGGAGACAAAUGAUUCAGUUUUAGCUUCUGGGCCUAAUCAAAGUAUCGUGGGAGUUGGAUUGGAUACCUUGGAAGAACAAGAAGAAAAAGAGACCUUCUUUGCCAAACUUGAACGAGAAGCUUCCUCUACUGUCGAUUAUUCCAGAUUAAAUAAAGAGCUGGAUUCCAAUGAGUCUGUCAUACUAGCACCAUUUGUACGAAAUGAAAAAACUGAAAAAGUAGAGGAAGAAUCUGCACACGAAGAGAAAUCUGGCAGCUACAGUGAAGAUUUUGAAGAAGACACAGAUGCUAAUCCUGCCUUUAAAACUGAGGGAAGUCAGGUGAAUCAGAACAUCAUGUCAGGAGAUGAUUUACGUCCUCAAGAACAGGAAGAAGCAAAUGCUGGCAUGCUGGCUAAAGUUGUAUUACUUGAUUCACAAGAUUCAACUACAGAGCUUCAAAAGGCCGUUGCAACAUCAGACAUAGCUCUAGGUGAACAUUAUCUGCCUGAAGAAGUCAGUGGAAUUGAAAUGAAUGAAGCAGGCACUUCCUAUGGACAAACCACCGCUGACAUCAAAGCGUUACACCAAGCAUACCAUCAUAUUGAUCAGUCUUUGGGAGACAUUGAUGAACAAAAACUGCACAAUUCUGCAAUGGCAGUCUCAGAAUGCUUAGUGCAAGGUGUUUCACAAAAUAAUGACAUCGGUUUAAAAAACAUGUCAACUAUUGAAUCAGAUUUACCUACUGUGGAAGAAUUGAUGAAACCAAUUAAAGAACAUUCAUGUAAUAUCAGAAGUUUUGAUGUGGAGCCUGAAAGUCCUGUGAAACUGGUAGGCAGCACAGCAAAUGACCUCGUCAGCCACUUGUCCUUUAAAGAGCACCAGAAUAAUAUAGUUUGGGAGACAAACUUAUUUGAAAAAAUUAACAGAGAAGAGAGCAUCAUUCUGCAGACAGCUGUAAAUGAUGAUAACUUUCAGAGAGUGUCUGAGAGAGAAAUUCAGACCAGUGAAGUACAGCCUGAUGUACUAAAAGAAGAAAUAGUACAAGACUCUCUGCUUUCACAAGACAGCAAAACUAAACAAGCUCUUCGGUCUUGUUCCAUGAAGAAUGAACGAUCAGAGUCAAUGUCAACUAAACCAACGUUAUACAAGAAUAUCAGAAGUUCAGCACCUUUACAUAAAAAGAAAUCUUCAUACAGUCCUCAAGGGGUGGUUAGAAGUUCUGGGUAUGGGAAACCUACUUCAUUCUCAAAGCAGCCCUUUCCAGCUAAUGAAAAGAAAGCAGCAAGAGAAACUUUCAAGAAGACCAGUGUGAAAGCCAAAAGUCCUGCAGGUAGAGCAAGAUCUAAAGAAGCCUUAUUUGCUACUAGGAUAAUAAGAUCGGCAACAAAUGAACCAGCUUCAAAGGGAGAUGUUAAUAGAGUUAUGUCUGGCCAAUCAGUUGUUAAUAAUCUUGGACACCAGGCUGUGGAUUAUUGCCAGCAAUAUCAGCAUGAUUUAUCAUUUUCUCCUAUCAAAAGUUGUGAUAGAGAAUUAUAUUUGCUAAAACGAGUUCAAGUUGCAGAGGAGGACCUGAAAGCAGCUCGUGAUUUGAUUCAACAGCUAACGAGCACUGUUUCACAAAAAGAGAAAGAAAUAGAGACAAAGAUAGUAGAGUUGAAAACACAGCAUGAAAAAGAGCUUUCUCGGUUGGGUCAGGAAAACUAUGUUCUUCAGAGUAAGUUAAGAAGUAUGGAAGAGCUGACUCAAGAAAAAAGGUGGACCCAUCAUACAGGAACAAAUCCUGUCAGUGAAGAAAAACUGGCAAAAAUACAAAAAGAAAUUGGAGAUCAGGAGGUCAUUAUUCAAGGUUAUCAACAGGAAAAUGAGAGGUUAUACAAACAAGUGAAAGAGCUACAGAUCCAAAACAAAAAAAAUGUGGAACAAAUGUUUAAGGAGAAUCAGUGUUUAAUGUCUGAAUUAAUAGGUGUAAGAGAAAAGAUGGAGAAGGCUAACAAUAUCCAGUCACGGAUCAUGCAGGAUUCUGAAUCAGCCAGAAAUCAGACUUUCACAGAAUUGAUUUCAGAGCUUCGAGCAGCACAGAAGGAAGAAAGUAAAUUACAAGAAGAGAUAAGACGUCUCAAACAAGAUAAGCAAGCUCUUGAGGUAGACUUGGGACAAGCAAAGAAAGAGAGAGAUUUAGCAAAAGUCCAGAUUGCAUCCACAUCAGGUGAGAAGUCUUAUGAAUUUAAAGUUAUGGAAGAAUCAUACAAACAGGAGAUCACUCAUUUAAAAAGAAGACUUCAGUGGUAUGCAGAAAAUCAAGAUCUUCUGGAUAAAGAUGCAGCCCGUCUUAAAGGUGCAAGAGAAGAAAUUGAGAAACUGAAACUAGAG